ACUUAUUAAAUAGAUCUUGAUUAAAUCUGAGGUUGACAUUAUGCCAAUAUUUGGCAGGAGUGCUGGGAGCACUAAAAGUCCCUCGGAAACUGUAAAAUCCCUGCUGGAAAGCUUAACAAAGCUAGGACGAGCGGAUGUGAAAGAAAAGGAUAAAGAGCGAGAAAAUGAAAAUGUACAUAAAAUGCUCCUUCAUCUAAAGGCCAUGUUGUCCAGUGAAGAAUCUUCAUCGGAUCUUGUUCUGCAAGUGUGCAAUGAAAUACACACUAAAGGUGUGUUCCAGGCACUUAUCUUGGACUUGGAUAAAAUUGGUUUUGAAAGUAGAAAACUAUUCACGGAAAUAUUCUACCACAUGAUUACGCGGCAAAUUGGGACGAAUAAGCCUACUAUAGACUACCUCGUAGCAAUGCCGGAGCUCAUCUAUGCCUUGAUGGACUGUUACCAGAGGGGCCAGGAGGUAGCUCUAACUUGUGGGACGAUGCUGAGGUACUGCAUCAAAUACUCGAGUGAUCUGACUAGUGUCAUGCUCAACUCUGAGAAGUUCUUCACGUAUUUCCAAUAUGUCGAAAUGCAACCUUUCGAUCUAUCCUCGGACGCAUUCUCCUCUUUCAAAGACAUGCUAACAAUUCACAAACAAGUGGCAGCUAGUUUUUUAGAGGCGAAUUACGACCGCUUCUUCUCUGAAUACAAGGUGCUUUUGGAUUCUGGCAACUACGUCACCAAAAGACAGUCGCUCAAGUUGCUCGGAGAACUGCUUUUGGAUAGACAUAACUUCGCAGUUAUGACGAAGUACAUCAGCAGCGUCGAGAACCUGAAACAGAUCAUGAAUUUGUUGAAAGACAAUUCUCGCAGCAUACAGUUCGAAGCGUUCCAUGUUUUCAAGGUUUUUGUGGCUAAUCCGAACAAGACCAGAGAAGUCAAUGAUAUUUUGGUGCGAAAUAAAGACAAGCUGAUCGAAUUUCUAUCUUCAUUUCAAACAGAUCGUCAAGAGGAAGACCAACAGUUUUUGGACGAGAAAACCUACCUGAUCAGACAAAUUACUCAGAUGAGCUGAGCAAAUGAAUUGGAAGAAUUCCUGAAAUAUGCAAUCCAGGGCAAUCUCCUUGCCCAUCAAACUCGCUAAUUCGUCUGAUUCGAUCGAACCACUGAUCAUCUACAGGGCUGGGAAAAAGUCUAAUCUACAUCUUUUUUUUUGUGUCUGAAAAAUAUGAGAUAAAUACGUUUUUUUUUGGUCUUGUUAUCUGAAUAAAGCACUCCCAUCCCUGAUUAUGUACCUCAAAUGAAAUUAAUUGAACCGCAACGCUGGCAAUUGUUUAUAUGUAAUGAAUGUAUUGUGACUUAUAAAAGGUAACUUAAACUGUAAAUGCUUUACCAUACAUACUAUUAUCCUUAGUUUGACUGGCUUUCAAUCUAUUUCAUUUGGACAUGAGCGUAAAUAAAUAGAUUAACAUUCGCGUUUAUUAGAUUCAUUUUCAAAUAAUUCAAUAAUUGUACCA